CAGACGACCAUGGGCCUCUUGUCUCUCGGUACUCCCCUCUCCUGGGAUGACGCAAAGCCCUACAUAGACCAUGUUCGCCAUCAUGGAGUCACGCAGUUUUUGAACAUCUGGGAUCGGUUGAAGGACAGGCACGGAGACGAGCUGCUUUGGGGAGACGAGGUUGAAUACAUGGUUGUUUCUCUUGACGCCGAGUCGAAAACUGCCGUGCUUUCGUUGCGCCAGACCGAAAUAUUGGCCAAGCUACAGCCCGCCACAAGUGAAAUUGAUGCUCACACGGAUAACUCGAUAUCUGUCCCGACGUUCCAUCCUGAGUAUGGACGAUAUAUGUUGGAAUCCACUCCCGGGUCCCCAUACACUGGAUCCCUUCGCGAUCUGCUUUCUGUGGAAUCUAAUAUGCGUUACAGGCGAAGUCUUGCUCGUAAACAUCUGAAGCCUAACGAGAUUCCGAUAACAUUCACAUCGUUCCCUCGACUGGGUGCUCCUGGGGUAUUCACAGAACCAUACUACGAUCCUGCCAAUGCGACAUCAAGUCAUAGUUUGUUUCUUCCUGAAGAGAUCACAAACCCGCACGCACGUUUCCCGACUUUGACUGCAAAUAUUCGGAGGAGACGCGGGUCCAAGGUCGCGAUUAAUCUGCCGAUAUUUGUUGAUGCAAGUGUGCCACGACCCUUUAAAGACUCCACUAUACCAUGGGAGAGAAAUUUAUACCCGGAAGACCAAGAAGCAAAAAACGGUGCAGCACUUGAUGAUCAUAUCUAUUUGGACGCUAUGGGCUUUGGCAUGGGAUGCUGCUGCCUUCAGCUGACUUUCCAGUCGUGCAAUGUUGAAGAAGCGAGGCGCAUGUACGAUGCUCUGGUACCCGUCGGCCCGAUUAUGUUGGCGUUAACUGCCGCAAGUCCUCUCUGGCGUGGAUUCAUCGCGGAUGUCGAUUGCCGAUGGAAUGUUAUCGCAGGUAGUGUAGAUGACCGCACGCAAGAGGAACGCGGCUUGAAGCCAUUGAAGGAUGACAAGUUCAAAAUUCCGAAAUCUCGAUACGACAGCGUAGAUUUGUAUAUCUCUCAGGAUUGGAUGAAUAGGCCAGAGUACAACGAUACCGUUUUGCCCAUCGAUGAAUCUAUCUAUUCCCGUCUACGCAGACAUGGCAUCGAUGAUCUUCUAUCGAAACACAUAUCACAUCUGUUUAUUCGUGACCCCAUCGUCAUUUUUUCGGAGCUCAUUGAACAAGAUGACACAACGAGUACCGAUCAUUUUGAGAACAUUCAAUCCACAAAUUGGCAAACUCUACGCUUCAAGCCUCCUCCACCGAACUCAUCCAUUGGGUGGCGCGUAGAGUUCCGCAGCAUGGAGGUGCAAAUGACAGAUUUCGAGAACGCUGCAUAUGCAGUUUUCAUCGUCCUCCUAUCUCGAGCAAUAAUGAGCAUGAAUCUCAAUUUCUACAUGCCCAUCUCCAAGGUUGACGAUAACAUGCAACGCGCGCAACUCAGGGAUGCAUCACGCUCUUCAAAGUUCUACUUUCGGAAAAAUGUCUUCCCACCCAUAUCAUCCCGAACUUCCAGUGUUCAGUCGUCUGGUGCCGCGUCACCUGUCGAAGGCGCCAACGGUAUUCCCCGUGUCAAAGAACGUCGCUUGAGGAAUUGCUACCCGCCCAUUCCUCCCCCAGAAGAAGGAUUGCCCAACGUGGCUGUUGACGAAGAAUAUGAGGAAAUGACUAUGAAUGAGAUUCUCAACGGAAAGGAGACCAGGUUUCCAGGCUUAUUGGGACUGGUGGAACUCUACUUGGGUACACUAGAUAUGAAUGAAGAUGAGCGGUGUAAAAUCGGCUCGUACUUGAAUCUUAUCAAGUGCAGAGCAAACGGCACUCUGAAAACGCCAGCAACCUGGAUUCGCGAAUUUGUUCGCUCUCAUCCUGCUUAUAAAUUCGACUCGGUCGUGAACCAGGAGAUCAAUUAUGAUCUCAUGGUGGCAGUGGACGAAAUUGAACGUGGCGUCCGACGAGCUCCUGAUUUACUUCCAGAAGACUAUACCGGUGGUGCGCAAGAUCAAGGCUGUUUAGAAAAGUAAGACUCGCCGUGUAAGGGACGAGGGUGACUAGGUUGUUCUUAUGUAUCGCUAAGUAAAUAGAUAUUGUAUCUUGUCUGUUUGGACGCACAUCUGCAAAUCCGAUGCUCUUGUAAUUUGAUCACAGUUGUCUCCGACCC